AUGCACAUACUGCAGAAGCUAGGAAAGCUGAGAGUAGCUUUUUUUCAUGCGCAGAAUAAGCGCCUCUACCUCUGUCUAGGAUUGAACCCCCUCGGCUCGACCUUGAGAGGUAGGGAGUAUUCAGAACUUGACCCGCCAUCUGACUCAACGACCAUCACCACCUUUAUAAGGACACUCUUUAAAAAGGUUGAAGCUCUUCAUCGAAAUGGGAUUUGUCAUGGAGAUCUCAGCGCAGCAAAUGUUGCUUUUGGUGUAAGCCAGAAUGCAUUGACUCCAAGCGCUGUCCAGCGCACCUUCAGCUACGGGCUGAAAGCAUACUUCGUGUAUAUUAAACCAGGAGAGCCGCCGAAACGACCACAAUAUUUGCCCGAAUAUAUCGUUCAAACUAUAAAUACAGCUCUCAUGAGUGAUAUGAAUGAUAUGACCAAAGUUGAAAUACUGGAUUUCGGAAACGCCUUUGAAGGAUGCUCGAGAGAAGGAGCUAAAGGCACAAGGGCUUUCCUUGCGCCUGAAAUGCGCGACAAGACACGCUGUUAUGCGUCGCCCAAGUCCGAUCUGUGGAGUUUGGGCUGUGUCGUAUGCUCUACUGCAAUCUCCUUUUACACUCCGAGGGAAAAUUAA